CUUCGUUUUUCAGUUGUCCGUGUUGUAACUUGCGCCGAAUACUAUUUUCGACUACAAAUGUCGCACACCGCCGCCACCCUCGCAACAUGGCCGUUUGGGCCGCUCAAUUUGCUGAGCGGCAGCCCAGGCCUGCGAUUCUUCGCGCAGCGGCAUACGACGGCCACUGUGUUUCAUCACAUAGACAUUCUUUCACGGCAUGGGGUCAAAUUUGAAGAGAAGAAAAGCCCGUUGGUGCAGAAUCUAAGGCGGAGACGGACAGAGGUACCGCGGAUCACUCAGCGAGAAGCAAAGGGGGCGGCUCCGUGUGACAUGGUUGACAAACAAUCAUCUGUAUUGCGCACAACGAACGUAGAACCGUAAGAAUGGUAUACGGAACUGAGAAGGAAGCGUCCGCGACGUGGGCACUUUUCAACGCCUCGGCGACAGUACAACCUGGAUGGCUUGUAGAAAAGCUUGAGCUUAGCGCGGUCUAGUCCUCCAAUGACCUAUUCACAUGUCCCCAUAUGUUCUCUGAGCCUCCGCGAUUCACAUAUUUCAGAGCAAAUAAGGCACUUGAGGCCUUCAAGUCUUUCGGCUUCAUACUUGUCAUCAUCACCCUCGACCAGGCGAAAAUCUUGUGCCGCCUUCACAUGACGUGUACGAGUUUUGGGGACAAAUGAACAAGAUAACAGGUAUGAAAUGAGAACGUGGAGGGGUCACGCACCAUUUGCUGCUAUCGCAUAAUUGGUCUUAUUGUUGCAUUGUGG